AUGCGUCCGCAGCGGCAAGGUCAGCAAGGGAUUCAGGAUUCUAUUCAGGCUCAUCAUGUUCAGAGGCCGCUUCCCCCUAGGCAGAAGCCUCCCCAAUCGCAAUCCAAAGCUGGGCGACAACAACAAUCUCCAGAAGUUCAAGAGAAGCACCCUAUUAUUGACCCCAGGUAUCGUGACCUAACUUGCUUCAAUUGUGGAGAGCCGGGUCACUUUGUAGGAAUUUGUAGCAAACCAAAGAUCUGCUUUAUCUGUGCUAUCCCGGGCCACCACAUGAAUUCUUGCCCAAAUUGGAAGAAAUCUCAACCGUCAGCUACUUAUCUAGGCAGUGCGGGUGUUGGGCUAGGCUUUUAUCAUGUAGAUGUUCCUGAUGCUGAGACUAACCAAUGGCUCAAUUUCAAGAAUUGUGGUGUGGUGAAGGUAAAGAAAGGAGUGAUAACUGUGAUAGAGUUGGAGAAGGAAUUGGCUGCAAUCUAUUGCAAGGAUUGGCCUUGGCAGAUAAGAGAGUUAGAUACUGAGAAAUUUUUAGUAAGGUUUCCCCCUCAUAGGAAGGUAGCUGAUAUUAAAAACUACCCUUCUUUUAACCUGAGAAAGGAAGGUGUAGAGGUAGAGGUGCUUGAAUGGUUUGGAGAUUUAGAACCUUUUGGAGAACUACAGGAAGCUUGGGUCCAGAUUAGGGGUAUUCCACCAAAGUGGUGUGACUGGAGGGUUUUUGCCCAAAUUGCCUCUAGUUUUGGUGUGAUGACUGAAGUGGAUUGGUCUACUUUGUUCAAGUCUUUCUAUGAGGUGAUCAGAAUCAAGAUUUCUUGUAAGGAUCCAUGUAAAAUCCCUUUUGAAAGGCUAUAUGAGAUGGAAGGAAAACGAUAUUUGAUAUUCUUCUCAGUUGAGGGUCUCACCCAACGGAUGACAGAUGGUUUUGCUCCUGAUGAUGAGGAUGGACAUGACAAUGGAAAUGACGACGAUGCAGAUGAUUUGGAGGAUGACACAAAUAGCAAAGAUCAUAUGGAAUCUGAGAGAACUAAUCCACCAGCACAUGGGAGCGUCAAGACUCCAGAAACAAGGCAGAUUAACAAAGGCAAUCAACAUGGGAAAAAGGUUAAUGUCAAAGGUGAAGGUUCUUGGUAG